AUGCAAUUUGAGACACUGCGCCAGGUCUGCAAUUCUGUUUUAUCUCAUUUUCACGGGGUUUUCUCAUCCCCUCCAAAUAUUUUACAAAAUGAUCUUUUUGGACAAACGUUGAACAACACUAGGAAAAGAAGCCCAUCAAUAUCAAGAGAACAGAACAGAAGAUACGACCAAAGGGACGAGCGAGACGAAUACUCACAGUAUGCUCCAUCAGACAGUGCGAUGCCCAGGUCACCAUCAGACUAUUCGGAUAGGCGGUCACAGCGUGGGCCUCAGUUAUAUGAAGAGCCUGACCUGGGUGAUUAUAGAGAUUCCAACAGAAGGAGUCGAAGGCGUUCCAAGGAGUAUCCGGUAGAGGAGGAAGAUGCACAGAACAGGGAAGAAUAUGAAAGGCAGCGGAGGGAAGAGGAAUACCAGGCACGAUACCGCAGUGAUCCUAAUUUGGCUCGUUAUCCGGUCAAGCCACAACCUUACGAGGAACAAAUGCGUAUCCAUGCUGAAGUGUCCCGAGCACGUCAUGAACGGAGACAUAGUGACGUCUCUUUGGCAAAUACUGAGUUGGAAGAUUCUCGGAUGUCUAUGCUGAGGAUGGAACGACCGUCAAGACAAAGAUCCGUGUCUGAGCGCAGAGCUGCCAUGGAAAAUCAACGUUCGUACUCUAUGGAAAGAACUCGAGAGGCUCAGGGACCAAGUCCCAAUCGUCAGAGGACCACAAAUCAUAGCCCUCCUACACCUAGGAGGAGUCCAAUACCUCUGGAAAGACCAGACAUGAGGCGUUCUGAUUCAUUAAGGAAACAACACCAUUUGGAUCCCAAUUCUGCCGUACGGAAAACGAAACGUGAAAAGAUGGAGACCAUGCUACGGAAUGAUUCGCUCAGCUCAGACCAGUCUGAAUCUGUCAGACCUCCGCCACCAAAGCCCCAUAAAACAAAAAAGGGAGGUAAAAUGCGCCAGGUUUCCUUAAGUAGCUCAGAAGAAGAAUUGGCAUCCACUCCGGAGUACACGAGUUGUGAUGAUGUAGAGAUUGAAAGUGAAAGUGUUAGUGAAAAAGGGGACAGUCAAAGGGGAAAAAGAAAAACUAGUGAGCAGGCAGUUAUGUCGGAUUCUAACACCUUAUCCGAGAGGCAAAGGAAAAUGGUGUGCUUUGGUGGCCACUCUUUGGAAGAGGACUUGGAAUGGUCUGAGCCUCAGAUAAAAGACUCUGGGGUAGAUACGUGUAGUAGCACAACUCUAAACGAGGAACAUAGCCAUAGCGAGAAGCAUCCAGUUACUUGGCAACCAUCCAAAGACGGAGACCGUCUCAUUGGUCGGAUUUUGUUAAAUAAACGACUAAAAGAUGGAAGUGUGCCUCGAGACUCGGGAGCAAUGCUUGGAUUGAAGGUAGUAGGAGGAAAGAUGACUGAAUCAGGUCGACUCUGCGCAUUUAUCACCAAAGUUAAAAAAGGAAGCUUAGCUGAUACAGUGGGGCAUCUUAGACCAGGUGAUGAAGUAUUGGAAUGGAAUGGAAGGCUACUACAAGGAGCCACCUUUGAGGAGGUGUAUAACAUCAUUUUAGAAUCCAAACCUGAGCCACAAGUGGAGCUUGUAGUUUCCAGACCAAUAGGGGACAUUCCCAGAAUACCUGACAGCACCCAUGCACAGCUGGAGUCCAGUUCUAGUUCAUUUGAAUCUCAAAAAAUGGACCGACCUUCUAUUUCAGUGACUUCUCCUAUGAGUCCUGGCAUGUUAAGGGAUGUUCCACAGUUCUUGUCUGGACAACUUUCAAUAAAACUGUGGUAUGACAAGGUUGGUCAUCAGUUAAUAGUGACAAUAUUGGGAGCAAAGGAUCUUCCUUCAAGGGAAGAUGGGAGGCCAAGGAAUCCUUAUGUUAAAAUUUACUUUCUUCCAGACAGAAGUGAUAAAAAUAAAAGAAGAACAAAAACGGUAAAGAAAACGUUGGAACCUAAGUGGAAUCAGACAUUCAUUUAUUCUCCAGUUCAUCGGAGAGAGUUUAGAGAACGAAUGUUAGAAAUUACGCUUUGGGACCAAGCACGAGUUCGAGAGGAAGAAAGUGAAUUUUUAGGAGAGAUUCUGAUUGAGUUAGAGACAGCCCUACUAGAUGACGAACCUCACUGGUACAAACUUCAAACGCAUGAUGUCUCUUCAUUGCCACUUCCCCAUCCCUCACCGUAUUUGCCACGCAGACAGCUCCAUGGCGAGAGUCCCACGCGGAGGUUACAAA